GGAAUUCAAGAAAUUGGCCGCCAUUCCAUAUUCAGUGUCACCACCAUUCUCCUAUUCGGCUAUUCCCACCCAGCCAAAUUCAGAUUUACUUGAAAAAACGAAGAAAGCAGCGAAGGAGAGGACUCCGAGGAAGGAACGUUCCACCCACCACCCAUAAACACCUCCCACAAAUAGACAGAGACAGAAUUCAUUCAUAACCACCAAAAAUUUCAUCACGGCUUUACUUGGAAAUUUCGGUUUCAAAAUCCACCUUACCGAUCAUCAUCAACCAAACCCAACGAUUCAUAAAUCACUGAAUUCGACGCCGGAAAAGCACCGGAACCCUUCCGCACACGGCGGCAGGGGUGCCCUACCUUCCGAAGGCGGUUGCCCGUCCGAUCUUCUGUUCCUCGCCGGCGGCGGCGGCGACGUUGUUUUCUCUCCCCGUGCCACCCCUUUUUUCUUCUUGCUGAUUGAUUUCUUUUCUUGAAAUUUCGUUAUUUUUUUUUUCGGGAAACCAAAAAUUUCCCCUAAUUUAACAGUCCUAUACGUAUAUAUAUAUACUGAAUUACAAACGAAACAUUUAUGUUGACUAUUAAAAGGGUUCCUACCGUCGUUUCCAACUACCAAGAAGAUGCUUCAGAAAACACCCAAUACCAAACCGAAACCCUAAUCGGUUGUGGCCGCCAUUGCCUUGGCAAGUGCUGCUUCCCUGCUUCUAAGCUUCCCCUUUAUGCAUUCAACAACGAUGAGGUUGAGCAGCUUGAGCCCGCUGAAAAGAUUGCCCUGAUUUCUUCAAUUGAGGAACCUUCAGUGUCCUUUUUGAGCCAUUUGUUACUGGGACAGUGGGAGGACCGGAUGAGUCGGGGGCUGUUCCAAUAUGACGUGACCACAUGUGAGACAAAGGUCAUCCCAGGGACAUACAGUUUCAUUGCACAGCUGAACGAGGGACGCCACUUGAAGAAACGACCUACUGAAUUUCGUGUUGACCAGGUUCUUCAACCCUUUGAUGAGAACAAAUUCAACUUCACAAAAGUUGGACAGGAAGAAGUGCUCUUUAGGUUUGAGCCAAGCAAUUCUAGCACGUCCCAUUUCUAUCCUAGUGUGCCAGUCAAUGUUGAUUCAACUUCACCAAGUGUUGUUGCGAUCAACGUGAGCCCAAUCGAGUAUGGGCAUGUGCUUCUGAUUCCCUGUGUCCUUGAUUGCUUGCCUCAGAGGAUUGAUCCUGGCAGCUGCUUGCUGGCUCUUCACUUGGCUAAAGAAGCAGCAGAUCCCUUCUUCAGGGUGGGUUACAACAGCUUGGGUGCUUUUGCCACCAUCAAUCACCUCCACUUUCAGGCAUAUUACCUAUCUGUGCCAUUUCCGGUUGAGAAGGCACCGACUCAGAGAAUAAUAACUGGGAAGGGACUGCGUGAUGGUGCAGUGGUGGUUUCACAGCUGCUAAAUUAUCCUGUACGAGGUCUUGUUUUUGAGGGUGGAAACACAAUGCGUGAUUUGUGUGAUGCCAUUGCUAAUUCUUGCAUAUGCCUUCAAAAUCGCAACAUUCCUUUUAAUGUCCUCAUCUCUGAUUGUGGGAAAAGAAUCUUUUUAUUCCCUCAGUGCUAUGCAGAGCAACAAGCACUAGGAGAAGUAAGCCAGGAGCUUCUGGACACCCAAGUGAACCCUGCUGUGUGGGAAAUCAGUGGCCAUAUGGUACUCAAGAGAAGGAAGGAUUAUGAUGAUGCCUCUGAGGAUUAUGCUUGGAGACUUCUUUCUAAGGUUUCCCUACCAGAGGACAGGUUUCAAGAGUUGAAGAUUUACAUCUCGGAAGCAGUUUGUUUACAGGAGGUUGGGUCGUCAGAGUAUAGUAGCUUGAAUUUGGAGAAAGAUCUUCGCAACUCUCUUGCAUCCCAGGUUGUCUCGCAUUUACCUAAUGAUUGUCUAGUUCUCCCCUGAAGGAUUGUUUUUGCGACAUUGGGUGUCUAGUUUGUUUGUUUUCUGCUAAAUUAGUGGGUUACACGGGAUAGCAGUCUGAUCUUCCAUAGUAUUUCUGGAAGAAACUAUUUUGAUACAUGGUCGCGUCAGAAUCCUGAUAGUUUCAAGGUAGUAGGAGCCUGUUUUCAAUGUGCAUAGCCGUUUCUGCACAUAUUUUGCCGAUUAAUGUCUUUUGGGACGUGGUAUUAACUUGAUGUAUCUCCAAACUUCCACCAUGACCAAACUAUAUGGCUACUUUGUGCUUUUGGACAU